AUGUCUGGUGUUAAAAGGCCUUCAGAGCAAUAUAAGGAACUCGAUUUUAUAAAAAGACAUAGAAAGGUCUACAAGAAUCCCGUGGACGAGGCCAGCGGUAUAUCAAAAUGCAUUGUCCAAGUUCCUGUGUCGAUGUAUGUUUCCGUUGCACCUACUUACCUAGGCUGUCCAAAUAAAGGUAUUAAGAAACAGCACUUGAACCCAAUGGUGAUGAAGUACAGCAGCGAUGUUGGGGGUGUGGUGUUGGGUUAUGAAAAUUUGGAAAUCAAAGACGCCAGUGGGGAUGACGACGAUCAGGACCAAAAACUCGUUAAAAUGACGGCUGACACUCCCUUCGGAUUCACAUGGUGUAGCGUAGAUCUGUAUGUCUGGCAGCCUCAGGUUGGUGACGUGAUCGAGGGUUGGAUUUUUAUACAAUCUCCCUCCCACAUUGGGCUACUGAUUCAUGAUGCAUUUAACGCAAGCAUAAAAAAGACGAGCAUCCCAGCCGGGUGGACCUUCAUACACAACGAAGAUGUUGAUAACGUCACUAGUGAAGGUAGCGAAGAAGGUGCUGAUAAGUCCCGGUCACUUGGUAACUGGGUAGACGAAAAUGGCCAGCAGCUAGAUGGGAGAUUGAAAUUCUCUGUCAGAAACGUUUACACUACGGGCAAGGUGGUCUCCCUAGAAGGCUCUCUACUGGAAGAACAGACGGGCCAGGCUCGUUCCCCUGCCGAAAACUUGCCUGUGGUUUCCAAUAAAAAGAUUGUGUUUGAUGACGAGGUUUCGACUGAGAAUAGAGAGAGCCACAAGGAUUUGGACCUGUCCAAGCGGGUCAAGGAAGACAAUGGCGAAGAGAUUGUUUACGAAAGGAACUCUAGUAGUAGCGAGUCUAGCGAUAGCGAAUAA